GCAGCAGAGAGAGAUGGCUUCCCUAGCGGCUUCUACGGCGGCUGCCUCUCUUGGAGUGUCUGAAAUGCUUGGAAAUCCUCUCAACUUUAGCGGUGCUGCCACCAGGUCUGGAGCGGCUCCCACCCCAUCAACCCCUGCCACUUUCAAGACUGUUGCUCUUUUCUCUAGGAAGAAGGCUGCUCCACCUCCCAAACCCAAGCCUUCUGCCGUUUCACCUGCGAACGACGAGCUUGCCAAGUGGUAUGGUCCUGACAGAAGGAUUUUCUUGCCGGAAGGACUCUUGGACCGGUCUGAGAUCCCAGAAUACUUGACCGGAGAAGUUCCUGGAGAUUAUGGUUAUGAUCCCUUUGGGCUUAGCAAGAAGCCAGAGGACUUUGCUAAAUAUCAGGCAUUUGAGCUGAUUCAUGCAAGAUGGGCAAUGCUUGGAGCAGCUGGGUUUGUGAUUCCUGAAGCCUUCAACAAAUUUGGUGCUAACUGUGGCCCUGAAGCUGUCUGGUUUAAGACAGGAGCUCUGCUUCUUGAUGGAGGCACAUUGAACUACUUUGGAAACAAAAUCCCAAUCAAUCUUAUUGUGGCUGUUGUUGCUGAGAUUGUUCUUGUUGGUGGUGCUGAAUACUACAGAAUUAUCAAUGGCUUGGGUUUUGAGGACAAGCUUCACCCAGGUGGUCCAUUUGACCCAUUGGGGCUGGCAAAGGAUCCAGACCAGGCAGCAAUAUUGAAGGUGAAGGAAAUAAAGAAUGGAAGACUUGCAAUGUUUGCAAUGUUGGGAUUCUAUUUCCAAGCUUAUGUUACUGGAGAAGGACCUGUGGAAAACCUUGCCAAGCACCUCAGUGAUCCUUUUGCCAACAAUUUGCUUACUGUCCUUUCUGGUUCUGCUGAGAGAGCUCCAACUCUUUGAAUCUCUUAAUAAUAAUUUACCUCUCUCUCUUGUUCUUUUACUCUUGCAUUGUAAAUCACCUAUCCAUCUCCUUUCUCAGACUUAUCAACCCAAUUGACAUUAUUAGUGAUCCUUGCUCUUGCCAUUUCCUCUUCUUGUAAUAUUAUAGAGGUUUCCAAUUAAUUAAUUAUGGCCUUAUAUGUAA